AUGACACGACUCCCCAAUGGAGAGCCCCUCGAUCUUCCCAAGAUACAAUUCGAAUUCGCUUCAGACCGCUUAGAUAACCUGAAGAGGAGGGAUAUCGGCCUAAUGAGCUCCCGCCGCCAUGAGGUGCGCAACGCCUUCAUGAAGAGCUGGCAGUCAUAUACCCGACAUGCCUGGGGAUACGACGAAUUGCAACCUCUAUCCUUGAGGGGCAGAAACCGCUACAACGGCUGGGGGGUCACCCUGGUCGACUCGCUCGACACACUCUGGUUGAUGGGGUUGUACGACGAUUUCAACAAGGCAGUUCAGUACGUCAGCACGAUUGACUGGAACAACGCGACGGAGUCGAGGUGUAACGUCUUCGAGACGAACAUUCGGUACCUGGGAGGGCUUCUGUCAGCAUACGACCUAAGCAACGAACAGGUGCUUCUCGACAAAGCCAUCGAGCUCGCCAACAUGCUUUAUGCCGCUUUCGAUACACCAAACCGAUUUCCUCCGUACACCUUCAGCUUCGCAGAGCUCAAGGCGGGGAGAAUCUUGCCUGACCCCUACCAAAGCGCUGCCGCCAUUGGCAGCAUGUCUUUGGAAUUCACAAGAAUUUCUCAGUUGACGGGAGAAUUCAAGUUUUAUGACGCCAUUGAGCGCAUCAAACUAGCCUUUGAUCGUAUCCAAGAUGAGACGAUGCUGCCGGGCAUGUGGCCGAAUUUCAUCAACGUUCGCGAAGACUUCCAGACGACCAACAACGUCUUCAAGCUAGGCGGAGACGGCGAUUCACUCUAUGAGUACCUCCCGAAAAUGCACGUCUUGCUCGGCGGGCUAGACACUUCCUAUGAGAAAAUGUACAAGGGCGCAGCUAAAGCAGCCAAAGCCCAUCUCCUAUACCGGCCAAUGACACCACAAAAGGAUGACAUCUUGCUGCUCGGCACCGCCAUUGUCAACGAGAAACUCAGGAAGAUUGAUCAAAUACCGGAAGUCGAACACUUAUCCUGCUUCGCCGGCGGCAUGUUCGCCAUGGCCGGCAAACUCUUCGGCAUCCCUGAUGAUGUCGAGGUCGGUGACAAGCUCGCGCGCGGGUGCGCGUGGGCGUAUAAAUCCUUCAAGAGCGGCCUCAUGCCAGAGAAGGCCCAGGUCGUCAAGUGCGACACCGUAGAACUUUGUGAGUGGGACGAGCAGAAAUGGGUUGCGCAGAGCAGCCAACAUGCGCCACGUGGGUUCUGGCGCGUCGAUGACGCCCACUACAACCUGCGGCCCGAAGGUAUCGAGAGCCUUUUUAUCCUUUAUCGGAUCACUGGCAGGGAGGACCUGCUCGAUAUGGCGUGGGAUAUGUUCCAGGCCAUCCAGAAGGCAACGCGGACGGACGACGCCCACGCAGUGAUUGUCGACGUGACGUACAGCCAGUCACGACAGGAGGAUACGAUGGAGAGCUUCUUCUUCGCAGAAACGCUGAAGUACUUUUACUUGAUUUUCUCGGACCCCGAGUUGAUCAGUCUAGACGAAUGGGUCUUCAACACGGAAGCCCAUCCUUUCAAACGGCCUACAGCACCCUGA